AUGACAACAGUACCAACAGCAUCUGAGAUGACUACAGAACCAACAACAUCUGAGAUGACUACAGUACCAACAAAAUCUGUGAUGACUACACAACCAACAACAUCUGAGAUGACAACAGUACCAACAACACCUGAGAUGACUUCAGAACCAACAACAUCUGAGAUGACAACAGAACCAACAACAUCUGAGAUGACUACAGUACCAACAAGACCUGAGAUGACAACAGUACCAACAACACCUGAAUUGGCGACAGUACCAACAACAUCUAAAUUGACAACAGUUGCAACAACAGCUGUAUUGACAACAGUGUCAACAACAUCUGAGAUGACAACAGUACCAACAACAUCUGAGAUGACUACAGUAACAACAACAUCUGAGAUGACUACAGUACCAACAACAUCUAAGAUGACUACAGAACCAACAACAUCUGAGAUGACUACAGUACCAACAACAUCUGAGAUGACUACAGAACCAUCAACAUCUGAGUUGACCACAGUACCAAUAACAUCUGAGUUGACCACAGUACCAAUUACAUCUGAGAUGACUACAGUACCAACAACAUCUGAGUUGACCACAGUACCAACAACAUCUGAGAUGACUCAAGUACCAACAACAUCUGAUUUGACUACAGAACCAUCAACAUCUGAGUUGACUACAGUACCAACAAUAUCUGAGUUGACUACAGUACCAAAAACAUCUGAUUUGACUACAGAACCAACAACAUCUGAGAUGACUUCAGGACCAACAACAUCUGAGAUGACAUCAGUACCAACAACAUCUGAGAUGACUACAGAACCAACAACAUCUGAGAUGACUACAGUACCAACAACAUCUGAGAUGACUACAGUACCAACAACAUCUGAGUUGACUACAGUACCAACAACAUCUGAGAUGACUACAGUACCAACAACAUCUGAGAUGACUACAAAACCAUCAACAUCUGAGAUGACUACAGUACCAACAACAUCUGAGAUGACUACAGUACCAACAACAUCUGAGAUGACUACAGUACCCACAACAUCUCAGAUGACGACAGUACCAACAACAUCUGAUUUGACUACAGUACCAACAACAUCUCAAAUGACAACAGUACCAACAACAUCUGAUUUGACUACUGUACCAACAACAUCUGAGGUGACCACAGUACCAACAACACCUGAGAUGACUACAGUACCAACAACACCUGAGAUGACUACAGUACCAACAACAUCUGAGAUGACCACAGUACCAACAACAUCUGAGAUGACUACAGUACCAUCAACAUCUGAGAUGACUUCAGCAUCUGCAUUUACAACAACUUUAACGACAUCAAAUUUGACAUCAAUAUCAAAAAGACCUAAAUUGACGUCAGAAUCUACAACUCCUGAAUUCACAUCAGUCUCAAGAGCAUCUGCACUAAUAACAGGAUCAAUAAUGCAAACUGAUAUAUCAGUAUCUAAAACAGCAUCAAAUUCCGCCACAGAAACGACUGUAAAAUUAACUGAGACUACAGCAUCAACCUCAUUUGUAUCAACGUCACCAACAGAGAAAACAGUAUCAAUGUCACCAACAGAAACAACAGUAUCAACGUCACUUACACAAGAAACAGUAUCGACAUCAUCUAAUGAGACAACAGUUAUGACCACCACAUCUAAAGAAGGAAUUCUUCCAGACGAGAGAAGUAACCCAGAUACUAUUUUCUUGUAUGUUUCUAUUCCAAUACUUUGUGUGUUGUUGUUAAUAUUGCUAGUGUUUGCGUGGAAACAGAAAAUUAAAAUGAGGAAAAGUAAAAGUUUUAAUAUCAUGGAAAGAAAAGGACUUAGUACAAUGUCGUUGGAUGUUUAUUCGAUCAGAACCAAUGAAUCAGUUGAAGCAUUCCCUGCAGAGAAUGUCCUUAUGACAAGUGAUCAUGACCACCACGAACCACUUUUUUUUCAGAAAAUUGUCACAUUUUAUAAUCCUGAAUUCUAAACGUAACGUCAUGAUUAUGAAUAUUAAUUAUUUCGACAAUGGUUCCCAACAGUGAAGACGACCAAAACUGUAAAUUGGUCUUUUGAAUGACGUGAUCAAGUCUACGACUAACAGUGACAUUAGUGUACAAUCUACAUUUGCAAAUUGCAGUUAUAAUUAGACCAAUUGAACUAAAUAGUUGAAUGUCGCCAUUUGUGUAUAUGUGCCUGUCCUGCCGAAUCAGGGACCUAAUCAAUGGUGAAAAGGUCUUUCUAUGCACGCAACUGUAUGGAAUGGCUGAUUAAAUUUUGUCAUAUCGGUUUUUUUUAUAGCUGACUAUGCGGUAUGGGUUUGUUCAUUAUCGAAGGCCGUACGGUGACAUAUAGUUGCAAACUUCUAUGUCAUUUGGUCUCAGUUGGAGAGUUGUCUCGUUGACCAUCAUACCACAUUUUUGUGUUUUUAUAUAUGAUUACAUGGAGUUCUAUACGUGUUUCAAGAAUAAACUAAUAAUAAAACUUUA